UGUGGAAAAAAGAAUAUGAAGAAGCCAUGGCUAUCUCCUUCCUUGUGUUUCCUACUUUGCAAAGGAUAUCACAUUCACUUCCUGCCAGAGGGAUUGAAGGAUUUAAACAUAUAUGAAGCAGUACUUGAGGGCUUGUCAGAUAUGCAUUGCUGGCAAUCACUUCACUGGGUAUCAAGUGGAACAAAACCUGUUAACAUGCCCAGGGCAGGAUUCAAGUUUUAUAUAUGAACAAGGCGUUGCUAUGUGUAUACCUGUUAGCGAUGACUGAUGUGGAAUCGACAUAUGCAGAUUUCAUUGCUUCUGGAAGAACUGGGAGGCGAAAUGCACUUCAUGAUAUCCUUGUAUCUUCUACAAGUGGAAAUUCUAGUGAACUAUCUCUAAAGUUAUCAGAACUUGAUAUCAACAAAACUGAAGGUGAAGGAGAUGCACAAAGAAAUCCCACUGAGCAAACUGGGGAAGCCCAGGGAGAAGCAGCAAAACAAGAAAGCUGACAUCUCACAUUGACUGCCAGAGGCAACUGUGGGAUGCUUUCCAACUGCAGGGGUCUGUUGGAAAAAGCAUAUCUUGCGUGAGCAAGGUGAUAAAUGCAACAAUGGGUGUGUCUUGUUACUGGAACCUACAUGGUGCAAUGUUAAAAAUGGGAAAGCAGAUUAUAGCAGCAAACAGGACUUUCUCUACCCCGGUUAGCAAUGGUUGAGACUUUUGUUGCUGGUAUCGAGACUCUUUGUCUGAUGGAGCUCUUCACAAUGACCACUUGAGGAAAUGUUUGUAGGAAGUAGAGCAAGCUAGAUUUUGUAGCAAAUGGCCUUCACCUCACCAGAGGCUUGAUGUGCGUUGUAUGACAAUGGCUUCCAUGAUCUUCAGAGGUUGUCUGGCUAAAGUAUUCACUUAUUUUUUAAAAAAAUAACUGUAAAGGAAGCACUGGUUUUGUUUUUCUGUUUUUUUGUUUUUUAGGAACUCUGCUUCUGUGUUUUCAGCUGUUAUUUACAAUGUUUUAUAUUGUACCAUUUAGAUGCUCCACAUGGCCCCCUUCUCAAAAUACUUAUGAAGGCAACUUCUGUGACUAACUUUUUUCUACCACUUAUUUUGAAAAGGUUAGGGUUGUUGGUUUCUCCCCCCACCCACCCCCACCUCUUUGUAUAGUAUGGUGGUGUGAACAUGAUAGAUUAUGUGAGCUGCUAAACUGAUGAAAUUGUUGCAACGAAGAUUCAUCUGCAUUUUUUUUUAAUUUCAAGAUGAGUAUACAGCGUAAUUAAUGUAUCGUCUAAUGUGUCUUGUAUUUUCUCAGUAAUGUUAGAUCAUUUUAGUUGUUGCUCAUUGGAAAUCUAAGAUUCUGUUUGAACCUUUUCAUUUUUUCUUUAACAUCAUUCAAAAAAAUAUUGUUUCUGGGUGUGUUUUUUUAAAACCCUUCAUCUUAGGACUGUUGUUUUAAGAGUAACGUUAUCAGUAUAAUUUAAAGGGGGGGAAAUGAGAGUGUUUUUUUGUAAGGUAGGGCGGAGACUGGAAGGGAAAAACUCCAGAACGCUGACGAAUACAAUUUUGCUUGAAUUAAAUUGUGAGGGAACUGGGGGAUUCUCACUUUGCAGUGACUGAAAUAUUACUGAGAAAAUUCCUGUGGCAAUCACAUGGACACCUGUCACAAAGUUGUGUGUGGGUGUUUUUAAAGCCCUAAUGUUUACUUCAUUAAAAAGAAAGUAUCACUUUUAUUUCAAAUGUUAUACACUUUUUAAAUGUGUGUAAGCUUUCCUGAAGGAUCAGUGUAAUUUUUCUUUCUAGUAAAUUUGAAGGCUGGUUAAUGAAAAAUCCUUUAUUGUUGUUGCCACGGGUGUUGUUUCUACAAUAUAAUAAAUAUUGUGGUUAGUUAUCACAGGUUUUUUUUGUGAGACGUGUAAACCCUCUGGAUCAGUAUUGAGUUCAGUUAUUAUUGUUAAUAAAUAACAAACACGCAGUAUGUUUAUGACUCGUGAGCACAGCUUGCUGCCUUCAUACCUUUGGCUGUAUGGAAGCUCUUUGACUUGACUUAACUUUUAUCUUGACUGAAGUAUAAACCACUCAUGGCCAAAGGUUUUUCUUUAGACAUUCACACUCAAAAUAAUAAAAAAAAGAUCCUUCUCUA